AUGGGCCAGGAUGCGGUGGACCAAGUGACGGUUGAUGUGCGAGAUGCUCCAGCAGCAGAGGCCCCAAGCCGCAAUCACAUGGACAAGGAUGCGGUCGACCAAGUGACGGUUGAUGUGCGAGAUGCUCCAGCAGCAGAGGCCCCAAACUGCAGUCACAUGGACGAGGAUGCGGUGGAGCAAGUGACAGUUGAUGUGCGAGAUGCUCCCGCAGCAGAGGCCAAGCCCCUACAACAGAGCACCGGGGUCAUGUAA